AGUAAAAAAUAUUUGUUAGGUAAAUUGUGGGUAAAUUAUAAAGAAAUAAACAAGAAAAUGAUUUGUAGAAAGUGUAAAUCAAAAAGUACCGUUACAAUACGAAAAGAAUAUCAUUUUUGCGAUUAUUGUUUCUUGUCGUAUAUUGAUCAUAAGUUCCGCGCCUGCCUUGGAAAAAGCAGGAAACUGAGAGCAAAUGAAAAUGUCUUGAUAUGCUUAUCAGGUGGAAUAAGUUCUGCAGUAUUAUUAGACCUGGUAUAUCAUGGAAUAUGUCUAAACUCGCACAAAAAGUUAAGAAUAACUCCUUUCCUUCUGCAUGUGACAGAACAAUUACCACAUGAUGAAAUUAAUAAACGCAGCAUACUCGAACAAUGUAAUAAGUGCAACUUUAAGUUGAAUGUUAUUGAUAUAAGUCAUUAUUUUAGUAAAAACACUUUACUAUCUGACUCACAUGUAACUGUGCUACCUGAAGAAAUUAAGCAAUGGAAAGUUUCCAAAACUACAUCUUGUGAUCUGUUGGCUCAUAUGAAACAAAAUCUCUAUAUUCAGAUAGCUAAGGAAUUGCAAUGCAAAAUUAUAUUUACCGCUGAAACAACAACUACUUUAGCUGUGAAUUUACUCUCUGACAUUGCCAUAGGCAGAGGGUCUCAGAUAGAAAAUAAUAUUGGGUUUUGUGACAUGAAAAACAAAGAUGCACAAAUAUUGAGGCCCAUGAGAGACAUAACUAUUGAAGAAGUUGAAACUUAUGCUGCAAUUAAAGGAAUUUAUUUUACACAGAGUAAAUGUGCAUCAAACAAAAAUAGUCUACAAUCAAUUAUUCAGGAUUUUGUAUCAGGACUGCAAGAAAAUUUUCCAGCUACAUUAACUACUAUUUGCAAGACUGCAGAUAAAAUAAGCUCUUCUGAUUCCAAGGACAAAAUUUGCAUGUUUUGUAAGAGUACCUUUGACCAAGAUGUUGAAAAGUUAACAGCUGCUGAUGCAACACAUUUUUCAAGUUAUGUUUCCUGUACAAAGUUUGAUGUGUGUAAUCCCACUUUAAGUGGUCACUUGGAAUUAGUAACAAGCAACCAGGACUUGUGUUAUUGCUGCCAGAGGAAUGUUUUGGAACUCAGUACAUUGAGCGACUUAAAAAACCUUGUUAUUGAGAGCUAAUAUAAUCCAUUAAUUACUCCCAGUUCUGAUACUAUGUAUACUACGAAUAUAUAGAUAAAAUUAUAUGAA